AUGAUAAGAAGGCUCGACAACCAAAGCCCAGAAGAUGAAAACCUACGAAUUAAGAGGACGAGAGUAGAGUUGGUCGAACACAACGAUGAUGAAGAGGAAACUGAGGUACCGAGAAUUCAAAAUGGGAUGAUAGAAAACCAUCACGAAAACCUUGAAACAGCGAUUGAAAUCGUUGGAGACAGAGCUCCUGAUAAUGCUUCCGAAGACGAAGACUUAUGCCUCUUUAGAGCCCUUGAGGAAGGCUCCGGCAGUGACCAUCCAAAUGCCACGACAGCCGAUACUAAUACCAAUGACAGGGGGUCAGUGCAGAGUAAUAGUCCAGAAACGGGCGUCGGUAGUGCUACAGCUUCAACGAAUAGUGAUGAAGAGCCGCACACAAUAGAAGUUCUUUCACAAACAGCAGACGCUUUGAGUGCUUCCCUCAUACCUGAAGAGGCAGCGCCAUUAACGAAACCUGAAAUAAGUAGCAAAGAAAAAACUGUUGACUUGACUGCAGAUGCCAUAGAUUUAGACGCCGAGGAGCAACAAGUGCUGGAAAUCUCAGACGAAGAUUUCCAAGAGGAUACAAAAGAAACCACUAGAGAGUAUGGUGCAGCCAAGGACUACCGUUGCCCGAUUUGCUUUGACCCGCCGGAAACCGCUCUUAUGACCUUAUGUGGCCAUGUAUUUUGUUGUUCAUGUCUGUUUCAGAUGGUUAAUAGCUCUAGAACUUGUAGACAGUUCGGUCAUUGCGCACUCUGUAGAAGCAAAGUUUAUUUGAAAGACGUGAGGCUGAUGAUACUAAGAAAAAAGCAGACUAAGAAGAAGACGAAAAGCUAG